AUGGAGAAGGCGGCCGCGAGCGCGCCGCCGGCCGAGGACGACAAAUUGAUCGAGAUCCAGCACGCCGAGCCCGUCGAGGCGACCUGGAGCCUGCGGCGGCCGCGCACGCGCCGCAAUCUUUUUGCCGCUGUCGGCGCCGCGGCGAUCGCGGGCCUCAUCGUCGGCGUGGUGCUCGGGACGAUGGGCGCGAGGGCGGGCGGCGGCGACGACGACGGCCGCGACGACGGCGGCACGCUCGCGCCCACGUCCUGGCCCGAUCGUGACCCUGGAAAUAAGGUGACCUACGAGCCCGAGCCCUGCCGCGUGGUCGGCCGGAUUUUUGAUCUGUGCUGCGCCGGCGAGCCCGUGCACGAGGGCAUCCCGUUCCAGUCGGGCGGCUCGACGCUCUACAACGGCACCGUGUGCCGGCGCACGCUGUCGCCGACGCUCCAACCGACCGACGCCCCCACGACGCCGAGGCCUACUCUCGAGGAGACGUGGGCGCCCUCGAUAUCACCGGUGCCCACCUCGGUGCCUCUACCAGAACCCACGGCGAGGCCCACGCCGCAGCCGACGCCGCGGCCGUCGGCGACGCCGACGCCCCAGCCGACGCCGCAGCCCUCGACGCCCGCGCCGUCGGUCGAGCCCGGCCACCCGACGGCCGCGCCCGUCCCGAAACCGACCGCCGUGCCGGCGCCCGCGCCCACGCCGCGGCCGUCGACGCCCGAGCCCACGCCGGCGCCCACGCCCGGGCCCUCGCCGGACCCGUCACCGAAGCCGACGCCGAGGCCCACGCCGAGCCCGACGCCCGAGGCCCCGGACUACGUCACGAUCCCCGACGGCGUCAUCCUCGGCGGCGUCGAGGUGGCGGUCUCCGACCCCGGGGAGCUCAAGCUCAUCAUGACCAAGGCCGCCGACGGCUUCGACAAGCCCUGCGCGCGGUCCUACGACGGACGGGCCUGGGAGGCGACGGCCGCGGGGCCCUGCGAGGUCACGUGCUGCCUCUCGGGCGUCAGCACGAUGGCCGCGUGCCAGAACGCGCAGGUCGUCGAUAACGCGGCGAAGUGCUGGGUGACGAGUGGGAUGACGGGCCAGGACGGCGUCCACUACUACGACUCCAUCGCGGUCGCGGCCGUGUCGAACAAGAAGAAGGCCGCGCGGUUCCUGACGCAGGCGACGUUCGGGCCGCGAUACGACGAGAUCGCGGCGCUGGAAGGCAACGACUUCGCGGGGUGGAUCGCGGCGCAGAUGGCCCUCUCUCCAUCAUUGCAUCGGGCCCACUAUAGAAGAAGAUCGCACCCGCGGCUGACGUACGCCGACGCGCUCGUCGAGAGCUCGACCUGGGGCCUGACGAGCGGCGGCGCCGCGGGCCCCUGCGACGCUGGGAGCAGGUGGCGCAAGUUCGCCUUCACGACGGAAGACAUCGGCAAGACCUUGGACUAUGCUGGAAACACUUUGACCGUCGACGGCGUCGCGCGCACAACCAACGCCACGAACGUCAUCCAUCAUUCCGUACUUCCCAUCAAAAUUUGUACGGUGGCCGAGACCUUGGGAGGCGAGGUCACGUUAGGCAACGCCUGCGAGUCGCCGAUCUACAAAGCGAGUAACGGCAAGAACGAGGGCCCGUCCAUCACGACGAACUACGGGGAAAGCACGCACUCGAUGCUCAACCCCCCGAUCGAUCACGCUCCUGACGUGAUCGGGAGCGUCACUAGUUUGACAUCAAUAGAGAACGUCGCGGAUGCGGGCAUCCUCGGUGCGAUGGAGGACUGCUCGUCGCCGUCGUAUGACGACUUCGGCCUGACCCAGAUCUACCUCGAUGUGAAUGGAGAGUACUACGCCUACGACCGUCGAUUAGUUUCCCAGGAGAACUCGCUCGAACAACCCGCGACGACGGGCACUUCUAGUACAAAAUGCCCCGCCGUGCCGCGCACGUUUUUAAAUGAAGAUUCGUGCGUGCGCGCGCCCGGCUGCGGCAUCGCGACUUAUUCUUCGAAGGAGGUCAAGCUGGGCGCGGAUUUAAGGGAGGCCAUGUAUCCGACGAACUACGUUUAUCUUGUUGAGAACCUGCCCGUCGCCGAGGACCCGUGCGCCGUCAACGAGAAGUCGCGCUGGGUCCAGGAUUCUUGUGAUGGUGACACUCCCGACGCCGACGCGACGCUCGAGGCGGCGAUCAACACCGACAAACUCGUGCAGGACGUUAAACUUCGCACGGAUUCUGAGUGCGUAGAUGGGGAGGGGAGUGAUGCUAUAGCUAAUGAGUGCUCGUAUUAUACCGAUUACCCAAACGAGUGUGGUUACUGGGACUCCUCGGACUGGACGGCGAGCCUACAGUGUUGCGCGUGCGGUGGAGGUAAUACCUGCGCCGCGGUGACGGCGGGCAAAUACAAGAUCGGCUCGGACUGCUUCCGCCACGGCCACCCGAACGAGCACAACAUCUACGAGUUCUCCCAGUGGGUCUGGGACGACAUGGGGAUGGCGGCGGCCGUCGACUGGGAAGAGCACUACACAAUGGCCGACGGGAGCGCCAACGCAUUGACCCUCUCAACAGGAACCACGGCGACGUUCACGUGGACAGGGGGGCACAACGUCUACGAGUUUGAUGACGAGGCCGCCUACGACUCGUGCGACUUCGACAGCGCCACGGAGCUCGCGGAUACGGAGGCGAAGACCCUGGACGUGACUGAAGCGUCGGCGACGACAAAAUAUUAUGGGUGUCAGGUGGGCAGCCACUGCGACGUCGGCCAGAAGGUCGCGAUCACCUGGGUAGAUGAGUCCUACAUCUCGCAGCACGCGACCGGCGACUGGGUCUUCGACUACGGCACGACCGGGAACGACCAGAUGUACUGGGAGGCGAACCGCAAUAAGUUGACGUACGUGGGCACUUCCGAUGAAAUCGUGCCGUUCAACUCCCUGCCGCUCGGGCUACUGAGCGAGGCGCUGGCGGACGCGCUCGACGUGGGACAAUGUGAGGGCUGCGAUAGCGACGAAGCCUGCGAGGACGGGGACUACUGCCUUGAUGAUGACGACUGCGACGGCGGGUCGUGCGACGUGACCUCUGCAAAGGUCUGCGUCUGCGUCGGCGGGGACGACGCCGGGGACAGCUGCGACGACGACGACGACUGCGGCGACGACGGGUCGUGCGACUGCGACAACGUGUAUGUCGCCUCGUCGGCGGCCGACGGCUUCGAGUCGUGCGGCAGCCCCGGCGAGGUCGCGAGUGACCCGUCGCUGGGCCACUACUACCCUAAAAGGGUACAAGAAUACGACAAGGAGGACUCUGGUGAUGGGAGAAACUCGCUGGAUGCUCCCACACAUAUGGAACAUCAAGUAGGGAAGAAUCGGGGCCGGACGAACGUCUGGUACACGUUGAUGUUGAAUGCCCCGGACCAACUACGGCAGCGCGUCGCCUGGGCCCUCGCGACGGUUUUUAUUGUCAGCGACCAGGGCAUCACGAAUUACAUGUAUACGGAACCGUGGACGGCCUUUUACGACAUUUUUGUCAGGCACGCGUUCGGCAAUUUGAGAGAUGUGCUCCGGGAGAUCUCCUACCACGCGCACAUGGCGCAGUAUUUAACCUUUGCGGACGGUGCGGGAAAGACCAACUCCAAGUUCGACGGCGAGAAGUACCCCGACGAGAACUACGCCCGGGAGAUCAUGCAGUUGUUUUCGAUUGGACUAUACGAAUUGGACGGCGACGGCACGCCGCUGCAAACGGAAACAUACACGAACGAGGACAUCGUGUCCUUCGCGCGGGCCUGGACGGGGUUUAAAGUGCGGCCGAACCGCGAGAAUCUGGAGCGGGGCAAGUACUCGGGGUAUAAUUACGUGGACCCGAUGGUCAUCGAUGCUGAUGAUAGGGACGUCUUCCCGAAGGCGAAGCUGGGGAAAGCGCUCUCUUUGUCAGAAAGGCUUAGGCGAGGGUACCUCGCCGAUAGGGAGGUGCUGUGUCGGGACGUGCCCGCGCAGGCCUUUCUGCUGAAGAAUCAGGGCAAGUACGUCUUUCAGGGCAAGUCCAAAUCUUUUAAUGAGAAGGAUCGGCCUACUUGGCCGGACGCGGCGCAGUUCGCGGCGACGGGUGCCUUGUAUGAUGUGUUGUGCGCCGUCGAUGGUAAUGGAUUGUGCACGUUCCCGUCGACGGUCACGCUCGACGAAGAUAUCAGUGUAGAAAAUCUGGAAGUGCACACUUUGAGAAUUGUCGAGGUCGCGGACACCCAACAAACAUUUUAUUACAAGUGGGUGCCGAACGCCUGUGCUGAUUUGGCGGUUGCGGCCGACCCGACGAUUCUACGAGCCACGAAGUCCGGCAAGAGGGACAAGGACUCGCAGUGCGGCGAUCCAUUAACUGCGAACGGCAUCAUCGCGUGCUGCGACGACGAGAGCGACGACGGCAAGCCCGUGACGCGCGUCUGGGCCUACCCCGGCGAGCGCACGACGAAAAUCAACGCGCAGCAGCGGUGCGAAAGUUUAGGGAUGACCUUGUGUGCUGCGUGGACGACGCGGCAGGACACGGACUUUUAUCCGGGGUCGGUCUGUUUCGAUGACUUGACGACGCCGUGCUCUGACGACGACGAUUGCGCCGGAGCCUGUUCGGGCGCCGACUUUAGCGAGGAACUGGCUUGGAGGUUGGGCGACUGCGCUUUUCAAGUGCAAAUUGAUUCCGAAGGUCUCAUUAAUGUCAUUCAUAGCGUGGAGAACGAUUAUGAUGCGGACGAAAAUCCGGGGACGCUGCAGCCGGCCGACGAGUGGGAAUUACGAUUAGACUCGGGCAAUACGUACCGAGGCUUCUUCGCCCCCUAUAUACCGGUCUGCUCCGACGACCUGACGACGCCGUGCUCCUCUAACAACGAUUGCACGCCCGCCACGUGCGUGGACGACCACUAUCCUCAAGUUUCUGAUGGAUCUUGUGCUGCUGAAACAGCUUGUGUUGAGCAUGGCCAGACCUGCGUCUGCAACGUCACGUCCGUGGAGGAGACGGCGGUCUUCUCGUCAAAACCCACGCGCCAGGACGUCCUGGACCAAUGCUACCACAAGGCGGCGGUCACACCGAGCGACGCCGACCCGGGCGACGGCGUGUUAGUAUAUGAAGAUGACCCGUACGACACGGACACGAUUUUUGGCGUCACCGACGAAACGGGCCAUGUCAUCCACCUGCGCAACGCGAAGCACGCGAUCAAACUUGGAAGUUACGAGAUGCGCAAUCCCCCCUCGCACCUCAAGUUAAAUGAGCCGACGGCGCGGGACGCGGCCUACGAGACGGAAGCGCUCAUCGACCACCUGUUCACGCACGCCAACGCCGCGGCGUUCUUCUGUCGACGGCUCCUGCAGCGCCUGACGACGUCCAAUCCGUCACCUACUUAUCUAGGAGCGGUGACAACGGCGUUCAAGGAAGGCAAAUAUGACGGAUGCGUCCAGGGGAAUGACGGGUGCUCGCACAAGUACGGCGACAUUGGGGCUGCUACUGCGACGGCGUUGUUACAUCCGGAAGCGAGAUCUACGACCCUAGACGCGGACUGGACGCACGGGCAACUGAGGGAGCCUCUAUUAAUGAUCUGCCACUUCCUGCGAGCUCUAGAGUAUCAACCGCGGGACGGCCGACAGUUAGAAUUACAUGAUUUAGCCCCGAAGAUCGGCGAGGAGCCCCACUCGGCGCCUAGUGUUUUCGGCUACUUUCAACCGGAACACCAGCCGGCCGGGGCGGUUAGGAGUGCGGGUUUGGUGUCGCCGGAAGCGGAGUUGUUAACAGCUCCAUUCAUUCUGGGCCUGGCCAAUGGUUUGGCGGAACUUGUGGAUUACGGCCUCGGGAACUGCAAUUUUGGGUUCGGCGCCGACGAGCUCAAGAGCUAUGGAUUAAGUUUGAGUGCGCUGGGCCGGACGUGCAACAACGAUAAGUAUAAGGACACGCCCAGCGACGGGUGGCUGGCCUACACGCCUACCGCAACGACUGCUUCAGGUAUUGUGGAAGACCUCGAUCUACUACUAACGAGCGGCCGGCUGUCUUCCCACUCAAAGGCGAUCAUCGAAGGCGCCUACGACGGCACCGACGACGGGCUGAAGAACGUCCUGAAGCUCUUCACGAACGCCCCGGAGUUUCACGCCACAAACGCCCACUGUCGCGAGGGCUGUGAACUGUUAAGACCCAUUAAAAAUCCGGGGGAAUGCGCCGGUGAUGGUUGUCGACAAUAUCGGGCGGUCAUCGUCGUGUUUUUACAAGGUGGCGCCGAUAGUUGGAACUUCUUGGUGCCCUAUGAGGACGAGUGCAGCGGUGGGGGCGGCUACAAACACUACAGUAAUUACCGAGGCAUCGCGGCCCUGAACAAGUCCCUCGACGAGUUACUGCCGAUCGACGUCGAAGGCCAAGCUUGUGCGCGUUAUGGAUUGCACCACAAGAUGCCCUUCCUCAAGCAGAUGUACGAAGAAAAACAAUUGUCCUUUUUCGCGAAUGUCGGCAAUCUCGUGGAACCGACGACGCAGCAGACGUUCCUGGACAAGGAGGUGGAGUUGCCUACUUCUAUAUUUGCACACAAUUAUGCCCAAAGAGCUGCCCAGUCCCAGGACCCGAACAACGACGGGGCUUCUGGUAUUUUAGGAAGGGCCUUUACUUCCCUACAAGAUAGGUAUCGGUGCUGCCAAUUCUGUGACGACAAUACGAAGGAUGACGUCUGGGGCGACACAUGUGUUGAAGGUGGAUCUUGCACCACCGGCAGUUGUAAGCCGGUGCCCUUCGCCGCGCGGGCUUAUUCAGCAUCCGGGACACAAAAAAUCUUCGAGGAUUCACCAUUACCGGAGUAUGUGGUGGACGCGACCGACGGCUUCGUGCUAUAUAAUGAUAGAGAUACGCUCGGCGACGCCGUGAAAGAUUUAACAAAGGUCGAGUCCGAAAGUAUCUACGCCGAGACCUACGCGGAACUCUUUAACCUCGCGCUGCACAACAACGAGGCGCUCUUCGAGACGUUCGGGGACACGUUAUUAACGACGGCGACGGCGACGAACGGCGCCGGCGCGUUCAACCCCGACAGGGACGGCGACGGCGAGCCCGAUGGUUUGGAGUGCGGCGGCUGCGGCGGGCUGUACGGGCAGUUCACGACGGUAGCGCGCCUCUUGAAGAUGGGCCGCGAAGUUCUGGGCUCGGAGCGGGACGCCUUCUACACGCAGCGCGGCGCGUGGGACACGCAUAACACGCUCGACGAGGACGUCUCUGGUAAAAUCCAGGACGUCGACCAGAGCUUGGAGGCGUUGGUGGCCGAGUUGAAAGCUCAAGAUGCUUGGAAGGACACGACAAUUGUCGCGUUGUCGGACUUUGGGAGAACUUUGACUUCCAACGGCAAGGGCACGGACCACGCCUGGGGCGGCAACAUGUUCGUGCUUGGGGGCGACGUCGAUGGCGGUAAAGUGCAUGGGACCUACCCGACGGACUUCGCGACCUUAGACGUGGGUCGAGGUCGACUAGUGCCGACGAUGCCGUGGGAGUCGAUCUGGCACUCGGUGAUUGACUGGCUGGGCGUGGAUGUCAAUGAUGCGGCUGAAUUAUCACACGUCCUCCCGAACGCGAAGAAUUUUAUUGAAGAGGGCGGCGCCUGGGAUUUGUUGAAAGCCGAGGACGUGUUUAAGCGGGAGAGCUUCGCGCCCACACUUACUCCAGUACCGACUUUAACACCAAUGCCGACGAACAACUCGCUCAUGCCCGAGGACUGCGCGGACCCGUCCAUCGCUGUUUAUGAUGAGCUCGAGGCGGGUUUGAGCCACUGCACGCUGCACUGUUCGGGCGUUUGUGACCUACGGCUCACGCCUUCUGACGGAAAUUUCAAGAUGGAAAAGGAUCUGGAGAUUAUGACCAGCGGACGCAUCUACGGAGGGUCACAACGGCCGACGAUCGCGCCCUCGUCGGACUUUGAUGAGGAGAGCUACGGCGCCUUCAAGAUUAAUGGCUGGGAGAAUCCUGGCAUGACGAUGACCUUCGAGCGCCUCCGCUUCGCCGGCUGGCACCACGACCACGGUACUAAUGAUAUCCGACGGAUCAUCUACGUCCAGAGCGGCGCCUCCAUGGAUAUUAUUGAUUGCAUUUUUGAGGAUAAUACGGUACCCAUGUCCGCGGUCUACCACGUGGGCGGCGGGCCCUUGCUCGUAGCUUCCUCGAUCUUCCGCAAUAAUGUCGCGGAAGUGGCCUUGGAACCCGACGGGGGUACCAUGAAAAAUUCCGGCAAGGGGCCCGCGAUGAGGGUCACCGACGGGACCCUUGAAGUGCGCGAUUCGAUCUUUGAUAGUAAUGAACAGUACAAGCAGGGUACCAUCUAUACCUGGGAUACGCUGAACAUUUCGCUGACGAAUUGUUCGUUCACGGACAACGAGGCCAAGGACGGCCGCGGCGGCGCGGUGGCGUUUGAGGUGAGCGACGAGCCCAAGGACAUGGACCGCAGCAGCUUGCAGGUGCGGGACUGCACGUUUAGAGGCAACGAGGCGAAGGGCGGGGCGGGGGGCGCGUUGUAUGCGUUGCGCAUCGGGAACGUGAACAUCUCCAACUGCCUCUUCGAGGAAAACGAGGCGUACAACAACCACGGGGGCGGCGCCUACGUGCAACGGCCCACGGAAGACGACGCCGAAAACCUCGCGGCGGCGUCGCGGCUGGACGUGCGUGAUACCAUCUUCCGCGCGAACGAGGCCACGGAGUCCGGCGGCGGCCUCUACGCGCUACAGGUGUCCAACGUCGCCAUCAUCAAUUGUUUGUUCGAGUCGAACAAGGCCAAGGAGGAGAAGGGUGGUGGCUUCUACGUGCUGCCCUACCAUCAGCACACGAAUAGCGACGUGCGCGUCCUCCGUACAUCGAUAAGAAACAACGAGGCGGAGGGGAACGGCGGCGGCGCGUUCGUGGGCUCCGCGGCGACGACCACAUUUACGGACUGCCUCUUCGACGAAAACGCGGCGGCGGACGGCCUCGGGGGCGGCGCCUGCGUGACGCAUUCCGUGAACGACGCCGACUCCCGGCUGGACGUGCUCGACUCCACGUUCCGCGCGAACACGGCCGCCAACCUUGACGGCGGUGGCCUCUACGUGCUGCAGAUUUCCACGGUCAAAGUCGAUGAUUGCGUUUUCGAGGACAACGCGGCCGGCGCCAAGGGCGGCGGCCUGUACACGCAGCCCCACGCGAAUCAGGCUUCCAGUGACGUGCGCAUCUUGAAUACGGUACUGCGACGCAACGCGGCCUCGUCGAACGGCGGCGGCGCGUACGCGGGCUCCGCCGUCACAACCACGUUUUCGGACGUGGACUUCCUCAAUAAUAGCGCGGUCGGCAACGGCGGCGCUGUUAACAUAGGCGAGCACACGGCCGGCACGGCGAACUUCGAGAGAGUGCUAGUGAAGAGGAACACCGCCGGCGGGGACGGCGCAGGGAUUCACUUCUACCGCACCAGCGGCAGCGUCCGGGACUCGACGUUUCGGGACAACGAGGCGGACGACACCGGCGGUGCCCUCAGCCAGGACGCGCAGGACGGCGCCGAGAAGGAUUUUUUGAUCGAGACCUCGACGUUCACGUCGAACGUGGCCGUCGCGGGCGGGGCCGUGGCCUUCAAGCAAGACAUGGCGACAAUCGCGGGGUGCACGUUCGAAGGAAACCGCGCCAAGGACGAGCCCGUCCAGAGCUACGGUGGGCGCGGCGGCGCGCUUUACAAAGGGAACGGCGCGCGCCUGGACCUGACCGACUCGACCUUUCUGAACAACCACGCGGUGCGCACGGAUCCCAGCAACGAUGACACGGACGGGGCCGGCCGGGGCGGCGCGAUCUUCGCCACGGGCUCGACCGGCAGCCCGACGCAAGGGGCCUACGUCGGCGGCUGCAGCUUCCAAGAGAAUAUAGCGGACGGGGGCGGCGCCGCGAUCGCGUCGUGGCUCGAGUCGUGGUUCUUCAACGCGUCGUCGUUCGUCGACAACGUCGACAACAGCAACGACGAGGGUCUGAUGCGCCUCCAGAAGGGCCACAUAAUCGUCAGGGACUGUGAUUUUACCACGGCGCAGCGCAUCGUGGACCAUACGACCACGUUGAGCACGCUCGACGUCUACUGCUCGCCGACGCUGACGGACGCCAACGUCUGGGUCUGCGGCGGGUGCGAAGACAAUUACCACGACGAGUGCGGGCCCGUGGUCGACACGAAUGCCUUCGGCUUCGACGUGACCUGGCCCUAG